GGACGGUGGCGCGGCCGGGUCAAUCCGUCACAAAGCCCCGCCUCUUUAGGGAGAGGGAGGGAGGGAUGGACGGAGCGGGGAGCAGCAUGGCUGACAGCGAUACCUGGAGGGUAAGCGGGGGGGGGGAUUAAUGUGGGGCUCAGAAUAGGAAAGCUGCUUUAAAAAGCCUUCAAGAGCGACAGUUGUGUGUAAGCCUCAAAAGACUGGUCUGUUGUGGCAGAAGGUGUGCAGGCUGCAGAAUUCCUUGUGCCUAAUGCAGGUAUAUGAGUCGAAUAGGUCCCUUAUAGCGUCAUAUAGGUGUUCUGGGACUACAACUCCCAUCCCCCCAGCUAGCAAGGGAUGAUGGGAGUUGUAGUCCCAGAACACCUGAACAACUCCCAUCAUCCCUUGCUAGCUGGGGGGAUGGGAGUUGUAGUUCAACAACAACAACAACAACAACAACAACUGGGGCUGAAAAGAGCUGAGUUAGAGCAGUGUUUCUCCAGCUGCUUUUGGACUACAAUUCCUAUUCCUAUUAUUAUUAUUAUUAUUAUUAUUAUUAUUACUAUUAUUCCCCACCCAUCUGGCUGGAUUUCCCCAGCUACUCUGGAUGGCUUACGACAUACAGUGGUACCUCAGGUUACAGACGCUUCAGGUUUCAGACUCCGCUAACCCAGAAAUAGUACCUCAGGUUAAGAACUUUGCUUCAGGAUGAGAACAGAAAUCGCAUGGCAGCAGCGCAAGGCCCCAUUAGCUAAAGUGGUACCUCAGGUUAAGAACAGUUUCAGGUUAAGAACGGACCUCCAGAACAAAUUAAGUUCUUAACCCGAGUUACCACUGUAUUUGAAAACAUAAUAAAAACAGCAAUCCUUAAAAGCUUCCCUAAAGAGGGCUGCUUUCAGAUGUCUUCUAAAAGUCUGGUAGUUGUUGUUCUCUUUGACAUCUGGUGGGAGGGUGUUCCACAGGGAGGGUGCCACUACUGAGAAGGCCCUCUGCCUGGUUCCCUGUAACCUCACUUCUUGCAGUGAGGGAACCGCCAGAAGACCCUUGGCAGAGGACCUUAGUGUCUCAGCUGAACGAUGGGGGUGGAAACACUCCUUCAGGUAUACAGGGCCGAGGCCGUUAAGGGCUUUAAAGAUCAGCACCAACCCUUUGAAUUGUGCUCAGAAAUGUACUGGGAGCCAAUGUAGGUCUUUCAGAACCGGUGUUAUGUGGUCUCAGCGGCCACCCCCAGUCACCAGUCUAGCUGCUGCAUUCUGGAUUGUUGUUUCCGGGUCACCUUCAAAGGUAGCCCCACGUAGAGCGCAUUGCAGUAGUCCAAGCAGGAGAUAACCAGAGCAUGCACCACUCUGGCAAGACAGUCUGCGGGCAGGUAGGGUCUCAGCCUGCGUACCAGAUGGAGCUGGUAGACAGCUGCUGUGGACACAGAAUUGACCUGUACCUCCAUGGAUAGCUGUGAGUCCAGUGACUCCCAGGCUGCGCACCUGAUCUUUCAGGGGCAUGAUUACCCCGUUCAGGACCAGGGGUCUGUCCCCUGUCCCCAAGAACAGUACUUCUUGUCUUGUCAGGAUUCAACAUCAAUCUGUUAGCUGCCACCCCCCCACCAACCACUUCAGACACUCACACAGGACCUUCACUACCUCCACUGGUUCUGAUUUGAAGGAGAGGUAGAGCUGGGUAUCAUCAGCAAACUGAUGAACACCCAGCCCAAACCCCCUGGUUAUCUCUCCCAGCAGCUUCAUGUGGAUGUUAAAAAGCAUGGGGAAGAGGACAGAAGCCUGAGGCACCCCACAAGUGAGAGCCCAGGGGUCCAAACACUCACCCCCCCUACACCACUUUCUGGACAUGGCACAGGAGGAAGGAACGGGACCACUGUAUAACAGUGUGCCCAGCUCCCAACUCCUUCAGACAGUCCUUAGGGAUGUCAUGAUCAAUGAUGUCAAAGGCCGCUGAGAGAUCCAGCAGGACCAGGGAACAGCUUUCACCUCAGUCUCUGGCCUGCCAGAGAUAAUCAACCAUCGUGACCAAGGCAGUUUCAGUCCCAUGAUGAGUCCUGAAUCCCUAUUGGAAGGGAUCCAAAUGGGCCGCAUCCUCCAGGCGUGUCUGGAGUUGUUUAACAACCCCGUGCUCAAUCACCUUGCCCAAGAAUGGAAGAUUUGAGACUGGGUGAUAGUUGGCCAUGAUGGCUAGGUCCAAAGUUGUUUUUUUAAGAAGCGGUUUAAUAACUGCCUCUUUCAGCAGGUCUGGGAAGGCACCUGGAACAGAAGAGCACUUUGUUGCAGUUUCUAUGGUCCUCUCUGCCCUGUAGACGAGUGUUGAUUCCUUGCUUAUACAUUUUGUGUGUAUGUUUGGCAGCCCCCACGAGCCUGCAAUGACUACUGGUCUGAAUGGAAACAUUGCAAGAGCAUCCCAAAUCUGUUCCAUUACUACUAUACCUAUGGGGAGGCGCCUUCCUGUAAGCAGUGGAAGAGAGAUUAUGAGAACUGCAAAGCAUGGGAGAAGACGAGAAGUUCAGAGGCUAAGGUAUGCCAAGGGACAAAGCGCGGGUUUGUAGCAAUGGAAAAAUCCAUUCAUAGAAAGCUGCCUCUUACUGUCUCAACCAUCGAUGUACAGUGGUACCUCAGGUUACACAUGCUGCAGGUUACAUACACUUUAGGUUACAUACUCCGCUAACCCAGAAAUAGUGCUUCAGGUUAAGAACUGUGCUUCAGGUUGAGAACAGAAAUCGUGCUCCGGCGUCACGGCAGCAGCAGGAGGCCCCAUUAGCUAAAGUGGUGCUUCAGGUUAAGAACAGUUUCAGGUUAAGUACGGACCUCCGGAAUGAAUUAAGUACUUAACCCGAGGUACCACUGUAUCUAGCUCAGACUAGUCUUCCGUAGGGUGGGCAGAUUUCAGAUGUGUCAGAUCUAUGUUGCUUUUCUUUACUGUAACCUCAGGAUUGACCAACUAGAGCCAGGUGCAGAUAACACACCAUCAAAACUAAAUAACAGAGUGGCUCAAAACAGUGGUUUGCCUGCUGCUCUCAAACAAUGGUUCAACUCAAUCCCACACAGAGUAAGUAAAGAGAAAUUGAUGAGCAUAGAGUGGGCGUAUUUCUUAAUGCCAUUGGGUCUAUUCUGAGUAGGACUGGCAUUGGAUGCCGUCUAUCAUGUGGUUCGUAACAAUGGUGAGUACAAACUGGUUUUGUAAUACAGGCAUCCCCCAAUUUGCGCUGGGGUUGCAUUUUGGGUCAUUGCAUGCGACAGUGUAGUGCAAACCCACCCCAUCCAGGUUACAUCCUUUUCCGGGUCUGACCAGGCGUGCGCAUGCCUGGAAUGCAUGCAAAAAGGUCGUUGUCUGUAUGUCCUAACCUAAGCACAACAGAAAUGCUAAAUAUAUUUGGUUCACUGUAUCCCGUGUUAUCCAUCCUCAGCACAGACUCAUUGAAGUUUAACAGACAUAAUGAACUUGGAUUAAUUUCCGUGGCUGUACUGAAGUGAAUAGAUUAGGUGCGAGGAACCUUUGGCUCCCCAAUGUUGCUGAACAACUCCCAUCAGCCCCAGCAAGCAUGGGCAAUGCCCAGGGAUGAUCGGAGUUGUAGUCCAGCAAGAUCUGGAGGGCCAAAGCUCACCCACACCUGCAGAACUAGCUGGAUACAACCCUUAUUUUCAAUACCAGAACAGCUUUUGCACACAAUCUCACGUCUUGUUGCCUCCAAGUUUGCUUUAUUGUAGCAGCAUAAUUUUUUUAUCAACUAUUAUUGUUGUUUAUUAGUUCCUUUAUAUACCACUAAAUUGCCAAGGCAGCUUCCAAGCGGUUUACAAGUAUAAAAUCACUAACCAAAAUUGUGUUUUUGUUGUUACUAUGGGGAGUCAGAACCCCUUACUGAUCUACCGAUAACCUAGAUAUUUAACCAGUAGAUUCCCCAAUCCCAUCGACCAUAAGCCCACCCUUGAUGUACAUCAACAGUGAUUGGCAGCUGCUCCCCACCGUUUCACAUAGGUGCUUUUCCCUAACCCUUACCUGGAGGUGCUGGGGAUUGAACCUGGGACAUUUUGCAGACACAUCCUUCCCUUAAUACUGAGGGACAUAGAAAGCUGCCUUACACUGAGUGAGACCAUGGGUCCAUCAGUCAGUACUGUCUACACUGGCAGCAGCUCCAGUAUUCCAGUCUUUCCCAGUCCUAUCUGGAGGUUGAAGCUGGGACCUUCUGCACCCAAAGCAGGUGUUCUACCAGUGAGCCAUGACCUACAAGAUAGCUCAGUUGGUAGAGCAUGAGACUCUUGAUCUCAGUGUUAUGGAUUCACAUCCCAUUUUGGUCUCCUACAUUGCAGGGGGUUGGAGUAGAUGACGCUUGUGGCCCCUUCAACUCUACGAUUCUAAGAUUGCAGACAAAGCUUUCUUUUACCAGCUGGGACCACUGGUCUGCCUGAGUCAGGAACGCCUACCCUGAGAUGCCUAUCCAGCUCUCCAGGAUUUCACAGUUGUUUCAAGUCCUACCUGGAGACCCCAGGUGGAACCCGAGAUCUUCUGUUCUGCAUAGCACCAUGCUCACUGAGGGCAUUGUUAACAUUAUUGUUGAUUCUGCCUUUUUCCAGGACUCCCUAUGCAAGAGCGAAAGAGAGCGGGUUAUGGAGAAACAGAAGUAUGCUCCGGUGUGGAGCUUGAGGAAAGGUCCUCCCGUAAGCUGGUAUCUGCCUCUGGAUGAAGACAAACCCAAAUGAUGAGGCCCUGGAAUACCAGGUGUUGGACUUCUGGGUGAUGCCUUCUAUGGAAUCCUAACACUGUGCUGUACAGAAGAGUUCUCAGCCAUAAACCCAUGCUCACAGCAACCAUAUACUUCACUAUAGUGGUGCUCGAUAUUUUUUUAAAAGUACAAUCUGUUCUGAAGUAUUUAGUAAACAGUGUGUUAAAGAGAUAAUUUGGAGGAGAUAACCCUGUUACAAGUCCCCAUACUUGCUAGGUAAGAGGUAUAUUGUCUCCGAACGUGAAAGUACCAUUUAACUGUCACAGCUAACGGGCUUUAUUUAAUGUUGUGAGCUGUCCUAUGGCACCCUGUUUUCCCUCGUGCAACAAUGUUCUAAACAGUACUGUCAGAAUACCACUGACUUUCAGGACAGGGCUACAGUGGACACAAUCCUGUAGAUUUGUACACGGCGAGUGGAGGUGGUUUAGAAGUUUGUGUGUACAGUCAAAGCUCAGCUCCCAAACACCUCCGUUUUGGAACACUUUGGCUCCCAAACUGCUCCCGGAAGUAACUGCUGCUGUUUUUGAACAGUUUUUGGAAGCUGAACAGCUUCUGGGGAAUUUUUUUCUUUUCUCUCCAUUGACUUUGCUGACCGCCCUUUGAUCCCUGGUUGUCGAACGUUUCGGAAGUUGAACGGUCUUCCGGAAUGGAUUACGUUCGACAACCAAGGUUUGACUGUACUACAAAUACAGCACAUACGUUCUGAAUAUGUGAUAAAGCCGGGGCUGCUAACCUGGUCCUGUGGGACCUGGGGAAGACCUUCGCUUGGCACCCUGACAUGAGCCGCAGACUCGUGAGUUUUCAUUUUUUUAAAGGUCUCUAGCCUUCCCAGGGGACGUGGGUGGCGCUGUGGGUUAAACCACAGAGCCUAGGGCUUGCCGAUCAGAAGGUUGGCAGUUCGAAUCCUCACAACAGGGUGAGCUCCAGUUGCUCAGUCCCUGCUCCUGCCAACCUAGCAGUUCGAAAGCAUGUCAAAGUGCAAGUAGAUAAAUAGGUACCGCUCCAGUGGGAAGGUAAACAGUGUUUCCAUGCGCUGCUUUGGUUUGCCAGAAGCGGCUUAGUCAUGCUGGCCACAUGACCCAGAAGCUGUACACCGGCUCCCUCGGCCAAUAAGGCGAGAUGAGCGCCGCAACCCCAGAGUCGGCCACGACUGGACCUAAUGGUCAGGGGUCCCUUUACCUUUACCUAGCCUUCCCAUGAAGCAAAAUGUGCAGAAAUCCUUCCAAGGGAUUUUUGUGAAAUGAGGGAGCCUGGUUGUUCCUUCCUGUCUGUGUUUUUAGACGAUGAGUGGUCAGAGCUGUGAUUGGUGUGUGAGUUGUUUGAACCCCAAGUGAUCGGAAUCCCAAGGCCCUAAGGAGCUGCUGUUUCCCUCUUGCCCUUAAUGCGCUGUUGCCACUUAUUUUCUACUUAACAUACAAGAGGUGGGUUAAGCCUCUUCUCGUAGGAAAUACGAUUAUGGGGAAAGCUUCACCAAUAUAUGCCUACCAUUUGUUAUGCCACCCUCCUGUGGCAGCUGUUUGGGGACUAGUAUCCCCAGCACACUCUCAAAAUUCAAAACGGUUGGUAACCCCAUGGGAUGUACAAUCUUCUGACCUCUCCAUCUUUACAAUUCCCAGAGUCCUUGUUGUGGGGUGUGGCCCUACCUAUUAGGGCUCGAGAGGGGUUGCUAUGAGAAGCAGGAAAGAACCCUUCCCUCCUCCUCCUCCUCCUUGCAUAGCUUUACUUAGAAUGUAGACCCAAUAACAUAUCCUAGCUGAACACAUUCUGUCCAAGCUGGUGCUCAGAGCAAAGGUGGCUAGCCAAUCAAUUUCCAUCAGCCCCAAACAGCAUAACCAACAGUGAGGAACGAUGGGAGUUGUACUCCACACAACAGCUGGCAGACCAGAAGUUGGCUACUAAUCAGGAAAAAAUGGCGGAAAAAAUCAUCAUAAAAAUGUUGUUUAUGUCACAUCUUCUUUGCACAAAGAGAGAAGGAUAGUGGAUGUCUAGAAUGUACCCUAUGCUAAAAGGGAGGCUUGCUCUUGUGAUGUGUUCUAUUCGUUUCUGGUAAUUCAGAAGUAAUGAAUGACCACACAUUGUUCAUGCCAUUGUGUUUUGCAUUUGCUGAAUCUUCCAGUAGUUCCUUGGCAACGUUUCCGAAUCACUGUGUAUAUACUUUGGUGACGUCGACACAUUUUCCUUCGGGAGCCUCAUACUUAGGCAGCGGCGGUGAGUGCAUAAGCUCCUGUCUCUCAAAAGGGAACAGACCAUCGUCUCGCUGAAUUGCUGCCUCGUACAGUUCCUCCGAUUCAAGGCGCAGUUCUUUUAACGCUGCUUCCUGGGCAUCCACAAGGGAUUUGAUUAUACCUUUCUCUGCCUCGUGCUGCUUUUGCUUGUAAAAUGACCACUUCUUCAUAAGCAGAGCUCGCCUUUCGCUUUCCUCGGGGGAGAGCGGAGGGGUGUCUCGCACCCUAAAAGAGAAAAACACAAUUUCCAAUUAAACUUUUUAUUCCACUAGGCAUAGGCCAUGGCAUU